UCAUACCGGACAUUCCAUUGACUGAAAACCGGAAGCUGGCGGGCGGUUCACGGAAGAGAAGCUCGAAGUGGCGUCUCUAGGAAGAGUGGAUAUAUUUCAAAUAUAUAACAUAAACCAGGGAUAUUGUGUGCAUCGGCCGGGAGAUAGGGAGACGCUGGAGAAGAGGCACGCGAGAUGUCUGCUCAAGCUCAAAUGAGAGCUCUGCUCGACCAGCUCAUGGGAACAGCGAGGGACGGCGAUGAGACGCGGCAGCGCGUCAAGUUCACGGACGAGCGAGUCUGCAAAAGCCACCUGUUGAACUGCUGCCCUCAUGACAUCCUGUCUGGAACGCGCAUGGACCUGGGGGAAUGCUCCAAGAUCCACGACCUGGCUCUGAGGGCCGACUACGAGAUCGCCUCCAAGGAUCGGGACCUGUUCUUUGAGCUGGACGCGGUGGAUCACCUGGAGUCUUUCAUCGCAGACUGCGACCGCCGGACGGAGCUGGCCAAGAAGCGUCUGGCGGAGACGCAGGAGGAGAUCAGCGCUGAGGUGGCGGCCAAGGCGGAGAAGGUCCACGAGCUGAACGAGGAGAUCGGCAAGCUUCUGGCCAAGGCGGAGCAGCUGGGCGCCGAGGGCAACGUGGACGAGGCCCAGAAGGUCCUGCAGGAGGUGGAGAAGGUCCGCACCACCAAGAAGGACGCCGAGGAGGAGUACAGGAACUCCAUGCCCGCCUCCAGCUUCCAGCAGCAGAAGCUGAGGGUGUGCGAGGUCUGCUCUGCCUAUCUGGGUCUCCAUGACAACGACCGCCGCCUCGCCGAUCACUUUGGCGGGAAGCUGCACCUGGGCUUCAUCCAGAUCCGAGAGAAGCUGGACCAGCUGAAGAAAACGGUGGUGGAGAAGCAGGAAGUGAGGAACCAGGAGAGGCUGAAGAGGAGAGAGGAGCGAGAGAAGGAGGAGAAGGUGAAGAAGAGAACCAGAUCAAAGAGCAAAGAGCAUAAAAGGUCCCGCUCCCGCGAGCGCCGUGCUAGGAGGCGGUCGCGAUCCCCGUCCCGCGAGAAGAAACGUUCUGCGUCCCGCGAGAAGAAACGUUCUGCGUCCCGUGAGAAGAAACGUUCUGCGUCCCGCGAGAAGAAACGUUCUGCGUCCCGCGAGAAGAAACGUUCUGCGUCCCGGGACCGCGAGAGACGGCGGCGCCACCGCAGCCGGUCCCGUAGCCGCAGCCGCAGCCACCGCCACGAGCAGAGCUCCAGACACAGGGAGCGCAGAGACGUCGUGAACGGCCGGUCGGACCCCCGGCGAGCAGACGAGCGGGGUUCAGGAGACUUCUGAUGUCCACCCCCCUCACCCUCACUCCUGGGGAGGCGGAACCCAAAUGUGUCACUGUACGGCCGCAAGCCCCGCCCCCUAGAGUCAUGAUUUAUUUUUUCAUUUUUAAUUGACGGCUCUUCCAGCCAACAGCCUUCGUUCUCACCCCAGUCCCACACUUCAUCCAUUUAUAUACACUUAUUCUGUUUGGCCCAAUGUGUAAAAAAAAUAAAAAGGGCCACCCACCAUCCAGGGAAAAGGUGAUUGAACCUGUAUGCAACUGGAUCUGUGAGCCUCCCCACGGUCCCUUGGGUUAGACCUUGGUUUAGACACGGUCCCUUGGUCUAGACACGGUCCCUUGGUUUAGACCUUGGUUUAGACACGGUCCCUUGGUUUAGACACGGUCCCUUGGUCUAGACCUUGGUUUAGACACGGUCCCUUGGUUUAGACCUUGGUUUAGACAGUCCCUUGGUUUAGACCUUGGUUUAGACACGGUCCCUUGGUUUAGACCUUGGUUUAGACACGGUCCCUUGGUUUAGACACGCUCCCUUGGUUUAGACCUUGGUUUAGACACGCUCCCUUGGUUUAGACACGGUCCCUUGGUUUAGACCUUGGUUUAGACACGGCCCCUUGGUUUAGACACGGUCUUUGAUACACAUGAUGAAUGUAAAUAGACGUUGGAUAUGAAGGAGGCUGUUAUGUCCAGCUGCUCUCUUAAGACGCCAUGUUUAAGUUUGUUAUCCUACACCAACCUCAAUAAACACAUUAAUACGAUUAUUAUUCUGCACCAAGCUAAGAAACACAUUUAAAUAGUUUAUUAUCCAUCACCAAGCUAAAUAAACACAUUCAGCGCUUGUGUCCGUUACCUUGGGGGUUAGCGUUACCUUGGGGUAUAGCGUUACCUUGGGGGUUAGCGUUACCCUUGGGUUGGGGUUACCGCAGGGCUUAGCGUUACCCUUGGUUUCAGAUUACCUUGGUGUUUAGCGUUACCUUGGGGGUUAGCGUUACCUUGGGGGUUAGCGUUAACCUGGGGGUUAGCGUUACCCUGGGGGUUAGCGUUACCCUGGGGGUUAGCGUUACCUUGGGGGUUAGCGUUACCCUUGGGUUGGGGUUACCGCAGGGCUUAGCGUUACCCUUGGUUUCAGGUUACCUUGGGGGUUAGCGUUACCUUGGGGGUUAGCGUUACCUUGGGGGUUAGCGUUACCUUGGGGGUUAGCGUUAACCUGGGGGUUAGCGUUAACCUGGGGGUUAGCGUUACCCUGGGGGUUAGCGUUACCCUGGGGGUUAGCGUUACCUUGGGGGUUAGCGUUACCUUGGUGUUAAGCGUUACCUUGGGGGUUAGCGUUACCUUGGGGGUUAGCGGAGGGAGGCUGAUCGAACCACAUGGCGUCGAGGGGCAAGCAGUUUUUUUUAAUUGGUGCAAGACGUGCUCGUAUUAGAAUUUAUUUUAUAUAAUAGUAGAGGAACUUGGUAUAGAUGUGAAGUAAUUGGCAAACGGUCUUUGGUAUUUUUUGAAAUUUGUACGUAUCCAUUUCACAUGUUGCUUCGUGAGUUGUAAUGGUUUGAAGACCGUGGUGAAGUCGUCCUGUUGCUUAUUUACCUUUUUUUUGCGGAAAUACUUUUUUGAAUCCCCAAUAAAAUUAUUCCAGCCUUUUAUUUUCAUGAUGUCUCAUUCCCUUUCUUACAAUAUACACAUAGGGAUAGUCUUUGAAGCAGAAGCAGCACUCGGCUGUUAGAACGGAUGUACAAGAGGUAUUUUAAAUAAAAGAUAAAUAGAUUUUAAAUUGACCUUCAACAGAGUGGAUAUGUAGAAACAGUUGUGCAAGACCAGCAAUCCUCCAAUAGCGGAUUAUUUCAGGAAGAAGAAUAUAAAUGUGCUGAAAUAAACCAGGGAGGCAAAAUUCGUGGCCAACCAUGUUUGAGGAGGCUGUACGUUCUUCACUUUCUACUGACUGGAGUAUUGUUCUAGACGGUCGAGGACCAGGUCCAGGGUCCUGGUAGAUGAACAGGGGAUGCUUUGGUGUUCAGAAGAUCCGCCCUCGUGGUAGGAGGAGUUAAGUAUUAUAAUGUUGUCGUGUUUGCCUGGCUCUUCAAAUCUACUUUCAUCUUCUGCUUCUCCAUGACGGCCUCCAGCUCCGUGGCGUUCCGGGCAUCCUGGAAGAAGGUAAGGGGUGAAGAAAAGGGUAUUAUUUCGUUAGUUCUUCCACAUUGUGGUCAUUAUUUUAAUUACCAGGCGCAUUCUGAACGCAUUAUUCAAUCCGUUGUGUGGACCGCUUACCUCCAGCAG